GCUGAUAAUGAGCAAUGUCCUUAAAAUAGACCAAUUAGAGUAUUUCUUUUGGCUGUGAAGUAGUGCGCUCGGAGCAGAUUUCGUUGACGCAUUUACACUGCACAUCUGUGCGUUUAUGUCACCACACGGGUUCGUAAGUUCAUGGAUGAAAACAAACCAGCAUGGUUGUAGAUGCCAACGGUACUAUCAGUAGCAACAUGAGAGCCUACAUGAUAAAGGAGAGGAUGAGAGAGACCAGCGCAACGAACAUGAUCUCGGAGGCGCUUGUUCCACACUUACUGAAGAUUGCGCAGGACGCAGUGGAGGCAGCCGAGGCGACCUCGCCGACAACAACUUUACUGAUGGAGAAUGGAACUCAGUGCGGGGAGCAGAUUCUCAGCUAUGGCCAAGUGGAGAAAGUGCUUAUUGGUGCUGUCCUCACCAUGCUCACAUUGUUCACUAUUUGUGGGAACUUGCUGGUGGUGAUCUCCGUAUGUUUCGUGAAGAAGUUGCGGCAGCCGUCUAACUACUUGAUCGUAUCGCUGGCUGUUGCCGACCUCUCCGUUGCACUGGCGGUGAUGCCUUUUGUCAGCAUUACAGACCUAAUUGGGGGACAAUGGAUUUUUGGACAAUUUUUCUGUAACGUCUUCAUCGCCAUGGACGUGAUGUGCUGCACAGCGUCCAUCAUGAGCCUGUGCGUAAUAAGUAUAGACAGGUAUCUUGGCAUCACUAAACCCCUGACCUACCCUGUUAGGCAGAGCGGGCGCUGCAUGGCUAAGAUGGUCCUUUCAGUCUGGCUCCUCUCUGCCUCCAUCACCCUGCCUCCUCUUUUCGGCUGGGCCCAGAACGUUAACGACAACAAGGUGUGUCUGAUCAGCCAGGACUUUGGCUACACCAUCUACUCCACCGCUGUCGCCUUCUACAUCCCCAUGUCUGUCAUGCUUUUCAUGUACUACCACAUCUACCGUGCUGCCAAGCUCAGCGCUGCCAAACACACCAUCACAGCCUUCCCCCGUGUGGCAGAGGAGACGCGAGGCCAGCACAGACAAAAGGGAGAGACACCGGGAGAGGAAGAGGAGGAGAAAAGCGUGGACUGCGUGUCGGCCGCCUUCAAGCUCCACAGGGAGGUGGAGGAGUGCACGCGCUUGUCGCGCCUCCUGAGGAACGACAGGAAGAACAUGUCCAUCUUCAAGCGGGAGCAGAAGGCAGCGGCCACGCUGGGGAUCGUGGUGGGGGCCUUCGGUGUCUGCUGGCUGCCUUUCUUCCUUCUCUCCACCGCCCGGCCCUUCAUCUGCGGGGUGGAGUGCAGCUGUGUGCCCUUGUGGGUGGAGCGGACCCUGCUGUGGUUGGGUUACGCCAACUCCCUUAUUAACCCCUUCAUCUACGCCUUCUUCAACCGCGACCUGAGGACCACUUACAGCAACCUGCUGCGCUGCCGUUAUCGCAACAUUAACCGGAAGCUGUCUGCAGCCGGCAUGCAUGAGGCCCUGAAGCUGGUGGAGAAGCCUGACUCUGUCAUUUAGCUGCUAGUGGGUCUCAGCUGGUUUGGUCCUGAUCUGAGGACUGGAAAUCUACAGGCUGUCCCCCCAUGGACUGCCUGCCUGCUAUUCACACUAGCACUUGAACUGACCAAAUCCUUGCCAGAGAAACAUCAGAGGGACAAAUACAAUUUCACGGGUCAUGGGUUCUGAAAUAUAGAUCUAGAUUGUCCAGGAUACUCUUAAAAUAGUUCUCACCAGCUGGGUCUAUUGCAUGAGAGCACACAGUGGUCCAUGGUCAUCUACUAAGGGUCAAUGGGUUUGGAUCCAGGAUGUCAUCAUGUAGUUUAGCUGUAAAGCACCAGAAUAUUAUAUAUCAGGAGAGAUCCUUACCAUCUCAACAAGUAUAUCCAUG